AUCAGAACUAUCCAUUGUAGUUGCAGCAGUCAUUGCGCCUUCCCUCAGAAGCCACAAUUAUGCAAAAGCAGCAAACUCAGGGGUAGAAGAAAGUUAAGGAUACUCUGAUUUUUUGCGUCCCCCUCAAGUCAUCUCUCUCUCCUUUUAAUCGAUUGCUUCGGGUUUUUUUUUUUUUUUUAUGUUGUCUAUUAAAGCUUGCCGGUGAAUCACACGGGAAGUCAGUAGAGCUCUGUUUCACGGAAAAGUGUGGAGAAAAGCUCAAUCUUGGCGCUAUAAAACUGGUUCGGCGUUGAGGUGUUAUUUUCAGAGGAAUUGAUCAUUUGGGGUUUAGGCAGGGGAGGGUUUAUGCAAUGGGGGUUCUGCAACUGGUGAUUCUGCUUCAAUGUUGUUUGUUUGCUGCAGCGAUCUUAGACCCAGUUGAUUUCUUGGCGCUGCAAUCUAUCCGAAAGGCUCUGGAUGAUUUGCCGGGCUCCAAUUUUUUCACGACCUGGGAUUUCACUUCCGACCCCUGUAACUUCGCCGGCGUUGACUGUGAAGACGACAAGGUUAUUUCUCUGAACCUCGGCGACACCAGAGCUGGAUCGCCUGGUCUUACCGGAAGACUUGAUCCGGCCAUCGGAAAACUCUCAUUGCUAGCCGAGUUUGUCGUCGUCCCCGGCCGAAUUUUCAGUGCUCUGCCGCAGACAAUGUCACAGCUAAAGAACCUCAGGUUUCUGGGCAUUAGCCGGAACUUCAUUUCCGGCCAAAUCCCGGCAGGUCUGGGUCAGCUCCGAAGUCUUCAAACCCUCGAUCUCAGCUACAAUCAACUCACUGGUUCGAUCCCCUGGUCCAUCGGAACCUUGCCGGCGCUCUCCAACCUGAUUUUUUGUCACAAUCGCCUCUCCGGCCCGGUCCCUCCCUUCGUCUCGCAUACCCUAACCCGGCUCGACCUCAACCACAACGAUCUCUCCGGUUCCGUCUCUCCCCAUUCUCUCCCCCCAUCGCUACAGUACCUCUCCCUGUCCUGGAACCGAUUAUCGGGACCGAUCGACCGGGCCUUGACCCCGCUUGACCGGUUGAACUAUCUGGACCUGAGCAUGAACCAGUUCACCGGCAUUAUCCCCAGCAAGAUCUUCUCCUUCCCUAUCACGAACCUUCAACUCCAGAGAAACUCGUUCUCCGGCACUGUUCAACCCUCCAACGAGGUCACCAUCGCCACCGUCGAUCUCAGCUACAACCGGCUCUCCGGCGAGAUAUCGCCGUUGUUUUCGUCCGUGCAGAACUUGUACUUGAACAACAACCGGUUCAUGGGGCAGGUGCCGGGCACCUUCGUGGACCGUUUGCUGGCUGCGAGCAUAGAGGUUCUGUAUCUGCAGCACAACUACCUGACCGGAAUCGAGAUCAAUCCGGCGGCCGAAAUUCCGGUGACGAGCUCGUUGUGCCUGCAGUAUAACUGCAUGGUCCCGCCCGUACAGACGCCGUGCCCAAUGAAGGCCGGGAAGCAGAAGACGAGGCCCACCUCACAGUGUGUAGAGUGGAAAGGGUAAAAUGGGAAUUCUGCAUAUAUCUAUUAUUUUUAUAUUUGGUGGGUAUUUUUUUUUUGAUUCAUUUAUUAUUUAUGUGGUAUGGUGGGUAAGUGAAGAACAACAAUAAGGGUGAAUUGUGGAUAACAGAGAUAGUUCAGGCUGUUUUGGGGUUCUAUAUGAAUGAAGAUCCUAAUAUUAAACUACUA